UCAUGUUGCGGCGUUGGACAUCUGUGAGCGACUCGUCACCGACAGCUCGUCAUCGGUUGACGGAUGGAAGUACUUGGCCAUGCCAUCGAUGCCAUAGAACAUGCCAGCGAACGACUGACGCCAGCUGUUGUAGUCGCUCUCUUUGCCGCUGAAGCGAGGAGGGUUGGUGGCGAUGCCAUCGGCCAUCUUGUACCACAACUCACUGUGUGGCACUUGUUGGAUGACGUCACGUUGCUCGGUCAUCAUCACCGGGAAGAUGGUGUCUCGUCAGAUGGUGAGGGAAGGCACGCCAGAUGGCUCAUCACACCCGAGGUGGGCUUUCAUAACCAGUUGGAGUAUCAGCAGUAGCUCGGGGUAGCGAGUAGGAAUGUGACGAAGCCGAAAGAAGCAUUCAG